AUGAGUACAACAAAAUACUAUCGAUAUGAAAAUUCACAUUGUACUGUUACUGCACGUGCUGAUCUUCAAGAUAUUAUUUUGAACAUUAAAAAAGUUGUCAAAGUACGUGCUAUAAGUGAAAGUACACCCAUUCCACAAAUUUAUGACAAAGAAGCAGACCGCAUCGAUUCAUCAACAUUAUCAGUUGCUGUUUUACCAUCUCAGAGACAACUUGGUAGUACAUUAGAUAAAGCACGUCGUCUUCAAACACCAUUUAUUCCUAAUUCUCAAUCAUUUGAUAUAGCAGAACCUUAUACAAAAACAUUGAAAAAUUUACACUUCCUUUGUAUUGAUCAGAUUAUAAAAACAAAAACGCGAAUAUUGGUGUUUACAUAA